CUGGUAGGCAGAAAUGCUCCCAAAGCUUUGCCAAAAACAAACCGGGAUAGAACACAACAACCGACUUGUGAAGAUGGAAUCUCAACACGCCAUCGGCUUGGAGAAGCUUACGCAAGCCUCGGAUCCUUGGCCCUCGCGGCCGAAGCAGUUGAGUGAGGUACUGGAGAAGCUCUCCGCUGGGGAGAUCUUGGGCAUCGAAGCGGCCGUCCUGUUCACCUCGCAUGUCGAGGAGGCCGUCAAGGAGGGGAUCCCCGCCGACGAUGUCUUGUCGUUCCUCUGGGGAUCGUUUGGGGCGCUAUCGCCGACAGUCCCCGAGAUGCACGACCAGUUGGUGGAGCUAGUCAGCGAGAUGGAGAGACUUCGGGCUAUUGUCGUGGACGGGAAGACUGUUGUGCAAUGGGAGGGUUUGCCCGGUUUCGCGGACAUGAUGGGAGCGUCUGUUGAGCCAGGAGGUCGAUAUCACGGCCAGCCGUCGUACACGCGCCAUGCUUCCUUUCUGGCCAAGCUGACGGCCAAGGCCAUACCGUCCUGCGACUUCUCAAGGCUCGGCGUUCGGGAAUGCACCAGUUUUCUCAAGUCCUCGCCGGCGCACCGGGGCGACGACGGCAAAAUCGAUCAGAUCGAUAUCGCUCGAGUGGAGCUCGCAGCACAAUGGCUCUCCCUGGCGCCACUGCAACUCUUCCGCGCACUGCGUAAGGAAUGGCCCGAGAUCAAGACUAAGCUUGAGGCGUUCUCGGGCGUAGACGCACUCCCGGACGCAGUCCAGGCACAAAUCAAGACAGCGAUAGACGCGAUGAACACCCAGCCAAAGCACUACCAGUACGAGCCCCUUACCGGCGACCGCACCAUCCGCAUCCUCUACCUCUUCCAGCACUCCCCCGACCAAAUCGGCUGCACCUUCAUCGAGACCCCCGUCGACAACCCGAUCGAGCCCUACAUCGCCCUCUCUUACACAUGGGGAACCACCACCACCGGCGCGCCGCCAACGGACGGCGUCAUCACCUCGGACGACGACGAGCUGAGCGUGACGCCCAACCUGUACGCCUUCUUGAACAAGGCCGUCCGCAGCAGCGACCACCCCCUUGGCGAGCGCUUCUUCUGGAUCGACCAGCUGUGCAUCAACCAGGCCGACGACGACGAGAAGUCGGCCCAGGUCGCCAUGAUGGGCGCCGUGUACCAGUCCGCCGACGAGGUGGUCGUCUGGCUCGGCGACGGCGACGGCGAGACCGCCGCGGGGGUCGGGGCGAUCCGGCGCCUGGUGGAGCGCACGCUGCAGGGCGAGCGCGAGCUGGGGAAGGACGCGUUCGCGGCCAAGAUGCGUCGCAUGGGCCUCGAGCAGGCGCGCGACAGCGACGGCGGCCCGCGGCCGCCGUUUGGGGAGGCCGCGGCGGUGCUGGCCCGGCCGUGGUUCCAGCGCGUGUGGGUGACGCAGGAGAUCGCGUUCGCAAGGUCGGCGACCGUGCUGUGCGGGGACGCGGCGCCGCUGCGCUGGGAGGUGCUGGCGACGUUUGCGGACCGCGUCGCGGCGUACCGGUUCGAGGAGCUCGUGCUGAAGGAUACUACAAUAACGAAGGUCGAGGCGCCGGCGCUGAGGGGGAUGAAGCAGGUCCGCAAGAUGAAUUACAUCCGGGAGAACCGGCUGCACAGGGCCAGGGCCGACAUUGCGGACAUCGUGAUGGCGUCGCGCGGAUUCCUGGCGACGGACCUGCGGGACAAGCUGUUUGCCUUCUACAGCCUCGUUGACAGCCAGAUGCCGAAGCCGGAUUACCGCCAUAGCGUCGAGAGGGUGUAUACCGACUUCAUGGCGGUCAUCUUGGUGGAGAACGCCCGGCCGGAGCUGCUGAGCCUGGCGGGGGUGGGAUCUCCUAGCCGGAUGCCGGGGCUGCCGAGUUGGGUGGUCGACUGGUCACAAGAAUCGAGUGAGAAAUACCUUGCGAGCAAGGCCUGGUACGAAGCGGCCGGGGGCUCAAAGAUGGCGUUCAAGGUAUCCACGGAUGCGGCCUCUGGCGCCCCGCGGCUGCACUGCCGCGUAGUGUUCCUCGACAUGGUGCUGGCCAAGGGACCAGACCACCCAGAGGAGCUGGUGGACAGAUCGGCCAUGGUGAACUACAUGGCUCAGUGCAGGGAGCUCGCGGCGGCGGCGGCGGCCCGGGACCAGCUCGAGGCGGGCGGCCAGACGCUCCAAGAGGCCUUCUGGAGAACCAUGAUUGCCGACAGCGUCCUUGACGGCUCCAGCCGCGCGCCCGACGAGUUCGCGGUUAAAUUCCAGUCUUGGGUGCAGGUGUGCGAGAUAUUCGCCACUAGGGUGGUACCUCCAGAGGUUCCGGCUCGCUUCAACGGACUCAACGAUAUCUACGAACUCAUGGACGAGGCGGUCGAAUUCACUCUCAUCUACAACGCUUCGGGCGGCUGGCGUCGGUUCUUUGUGACGUACUCCGGGACUACUGGCAUCGGGCCUUUGGGUCUGCGAGAGGAUGAUGUGGUGAGCUUGAUAGCCGGGACGAAAGUGGCAUGGAUAUUGCGAGAUAGGGCGGUGAUGGCUGGCGACGGCAACGGUAUGCCUUCAGGGGAGAGUCCCAAUGACACUGGCGGGGAUCAAGGUUCACGAGCAGCGGGCGAUGGCCAUAAGAUCUAUCAGCUGGUUGGAGAGUGUUAUAUUCAUGGAUACAUGAGCGGGGAAGGUUGGGACGAGGCGGAUGCUGUCCAUGUCACUAUCGAGUAGCGCCGGCGAAGGUUCCAGUGUCAAGCUUAGGGACUGGUAGACCCGACCCCGAGUGCAUUGAAAAUGCCAACUGCUAGCUCAGGCAGGUCACCUUGACCACCCC